AUGGCGGUGGCUGAGAAGUGGAAUCGGCUGAAGCCCGCAAUCGCCCGCCUCUACGUGGAGGAAAACCGGAAGGCUGAGGAGGUGCAGGAAAUCAUUCGCCGCCAGUGCGGCUUCGAUCUUGGGAUCCAUCAACUCAAAUACCAGAUCAGAAAAUGGAAGCUGAAGAAGAACAUCCCGACCCCGGCCAAGACCAAGAUGUUCGAGAUGAAGGAGUCAAGAGCCUCCAGAGGAAAAGAAACAGUCUUCGAGUACCAUGGAAAGGCGGUCGAUAACAAAAAGCUCGCUAGACUGGCCAAAAAUAUGGUUCACAAGAUCCCAGGAGCAAGGAAGGAGAUGACAAAGCUCGAUAUCACGCCUGGAAUCUUCAUCGUGUGGAACAUGCCUUAUGGGGCACUGCGAUACUCUCAAGCAGGCCCGAUCAACCACAUCUCGCCCAACGUUGUAGCAUCUACGCCUGCUGGAAACAGUGACAUUGUGGCAAGAACCCCAGGGUUGUACGGAGCGCAGAGUCCAGCAGCCGACUCUCCAUCCAGGCUUUCUAGGGCCCUGAGGACAAAAACAGCCCUGGAGAGGGCAUACUUGUUCGUGGAAGGGAAGCACAACGAGCUCCUCAGGUCAAUGGAGAGGUCCGAGCGAAUGACCAUGGCUACAUGGCUGUAUCAUUUCUGGCUCUUUGCAUACAAGACGGCCAGAUACUGGGGAAGAGGCCCUCACAACUGGACCGCAGAUCUUCUCGAGCUUGACAAGUACAUGGAAAACCUCUCCAUCUCUACGGUUGGAACGCCGGGUGGGCCUGGGGCAAGCUCAGAUGUCGAACAACGCCAUGUUCCCGCAAGUCAAUGGCUCUCAGAUGGCAUUACCCCAAGCAUCCUCUGUAACUGGGGGGUCCAUGUUCCCGGAAUGAGCUAUGAGCGCGCUCCGCACGACUUCGAGGACGACGACUCUGACGACGACGAGGACCACUCUGACAACGAGUGGAGGGGCUGGCCACAGGCGUGGAAGCGCGACAGCUUCGUCAAGAAGCUUCACACCGCCCUGUCGCAAGAUCUUUUCAGCAAUAUCGAUGCCGACGACCUUCCGAUCGCGCUCUCUCGCCUCUUGACAAAUUCCAGUGGUACUAGAGAUCAGUUUCUUGAGGAAGGUCUGGCUUUCAGCAUCAUAGGCCGCAAUGUCGACCUCAUUUUCUCGCUGGCGAGGACGAUUAGGCCCCGUGAAGUUGAUGUCAAGGGCCUAUUCCCUUUCCAUCUGGCCACUACUUAUCUGUGUGGGUCGAACCCGUGUUGCAAUGCUUUUGCACGACUGCUCUAUCACCACGACAUGUACCCCAUCAGGGCCAUGUACAUCAACGACCGCGGCCAUACAGUUCUGGACAAUCUCAUGAUUGUCAUUGUCAAGGCGCACACAAGCUGCGUUCCUGUCGACGUGGAUGAGAAGAUGAAGUCUCAGAGACGUUUCGCGGGCGAAGAAGUCGACGUAUGUGGAAGAUGGGAUGCCGAUUCCGAAGAGAUCAGAGCUCUUUUGGCCAGGAGGUUGUCCAGGAUUCCCUUUGACUGGAAGCACAAGUUCUGUCACACCUCGACCCAGGUCGUGUGCCACUGCAUCAGCCUUAUGUUUGGUGCUCCCUGGAAGCCCGACAUCAACCAUCCAAGUGGCCUGUUCAAGAAACAGUGUCAGCACUGCACACUACGCUUAACACUGCUGCCACUCCACACAUUGGUAAUGGUUGCAUUCCUACUCGCCGAACGAGGCUGCGAGGAGGAGGACCUAUUCGGCAUCAUUGCGUGCUUGAUUCGCCUGCUCUCGAGAGGCGCGAACCCGCUUCUAAGUUCGAGGCUGUCAGCGCCGGUAUUGUAUGGCACGGAUCAAGAUGUCUGUUGCACUCACGAGACCCUGACGCCUUUGCAGCUUGUGGAACGCUUGCCUCAGCAGUGUUUGCAAAGAUGGACUCCUGCUAUCCGCACUGGCUGGAUCAUUCUUAGCCAUGUGCUCAGACUUUCGGAGAGAGCCUGGCGCCCAAGUACAGCUCAAGCCACGACGAGCCCAACCCUUGACUUCAGUCGGUUUAUUAGCUAUCCUGACGAUGAGUACGACCGUUAUGCAGGCGAUUCGAUUGAUGUCGACCCUGCUGGAGAUGCGAUGGAUAUCGACCAUGACACAGUCAGUGAUGAUGUUGUCGAUGAAGACAUCCAUCACUGUUACGAGUGUGGCAACACCAACCACUUUCGCGGCAGCCACCAGCUUCGUGACCUCUGGGCAGCCAUACAAGCAGAGCUACUCACAUAUAGACGUCUAAGGGACGGGCACAGAUGGGUUUCGCCAAACUUCAACAUGGAUGAAGUGCUUCGGAGUCUCGAGAGAGGUCGCCCGGUCCAGGUCGGUCUGAUUGAACGCAAACUGCUCCGCGACUACUGUGACUGCGGCAAUUUCCUUGCUUCCAAAGACCAUGACUGCCCGUGUGUCGACAUGGUUUGUGCCGAAUAUUUUUCGAACCUGGAAGAAUGGGAGCGCACGACAUUCUUGUGGUGUCCGGAGAAGGGGUGGCAUCAGGCGGAGGCCUCAGACAAAGAGGACAACGACUAUAACGACCCAGACUAUCCUGACGAGGAAGAGAGUGACGACGAGGAUUUCUGA